UUUGCCUACUUAACGUGUUCGUCUUCAGAUCAUGGCACGUGGGAGGCAAGUAAACGUGUCUGAAGACCACUUUUGAUACAAAUAGACCAACAACAGUGUCGACAUCAAGACAAAGUGACAAUGGAGAAAGAACCCAAGCAAGAGCCAGAGGAAGGGAGAGAUAAGUACGAGCCACAUCAGCACCAGCCACCGUAUAUCUCGCAGAUGCAGCCAGUGACGCACGAAGCCUACGGUGGUGGCCUCUACGGUCAGGACGACGAAAAAGAGACCACAAAUUUAGAGAAAGAGGCCAAGAAUAUAGAGAAAGAACCUCAGCAGCAAAGACCACCGGCCAGUGAUACACAGAGCGCAGAUGGGCCUGACGAGGUAAAGACGUUGACACCAAAACACAAGCAACCAGCUUCUUCGGGUGAUAGAGACGUUGACAUAACUGGCCAGUCUUACAUUCAAUGAAGGUGUUGUAAUGUCUUUUUAGUUUCCUAUCAUUGUGUUUUUCUUAGAAGCAAGUUUUUUUGUUCUGUUUUUGUCAAGAAAGCGUACUUCGGCUAAUCAACGAACAAAUUUGGUGUAUGUAAAGCUGACGGCAAAAAAGAUUGUGAUUCCAUGAAAUAUAACCUGA